CGUGUUUUGUCUCUCCUCAGGAAGAAGUUUGGCCUCAGCUCGAGUCUUGGGCUAAAUCCUGGAGAACAAUUGAAAUGGCCUCUGUAAAACCAGAAAAAUCUUCUUCUUUUGUGCCAUUCACGGAUCUGCUUCUGGAGUAAUUUUCUGUGCGAGUUUGGGACCUGGAGUGGGGUAAAAAUGCCCGAGAUCAAAGUCACUCCGUUGGGCGCUGGGCAGGACGUGGGCAGGAGCUGCAUCCUGGUGUCCAUUGCUGGCAAGAACGUGAUGCUGGACUGUGGGAUGCACAUGGGCUACAACGAUGAUAGACGUUUCCCUGACUUCUCCUACAUCACCCAGAACGGAAGGCUGACAGAUUUCCUGGACUGUGUCAUCAUCAGCCACUUCCACCUGGACCACUGUGGGGCUCUGCCCUAUUUCAGUGAGAUGGUUGGCUACGAUGGCCCCAUUUACAUGACCCACCCCACCAAGGCCAUCUGCCCCAUCCUGCUGGAGGAUUACAGGAAAAUCACCGUGGACAAAAAAGGAGAAACCAACUUCUUCACCUCCCAGAUGAUCAAAGACUGCAUGAAGAAAGUGGUGGCUGUGCACCUCCACCAGACAGUGCAGGUGGAUGAGGAGCUGGAGAUCAAGGCUUACUAUGCAGGGCACGUGCUGGGAGCUGCCAUGUUCCAGAUCAGGGUUGGCUGUGAGUCUGUGGUGUACACUGUGAGUGGGGCCAGCUUGGAUUCAUUUCAUUCCCUUGCCUUCCUAUUCCAAUUCCUUUCCCUUUCCAUUUUAUUGCCAUCUCCUUCUCAUUCAUUUCCCGUUCCAUUCUACCCCAAACACCUCCUCUCCAACCCAAAAAUCCCCUCUUUUAACUGGAUUAUGGGAUGGAGUUGUGUUUGCAGAGCUGCCUGGAUCGAUAAAUGCCGCCCUGACCUGCUGAUCACAGAAUCCACCUAUGCCACCACCAUCAGGGACUCCAAACGCUGCAGGGAGAGGGAUUUCCUCAAGAAAGUGCACGAGACUGUGGAGAGGGGAGGCAAGGUUCUCAUCCCAGUUUUUGCCCUUGGACGUGCCCAGGAACUUUGUAUUUUAUUGGAAACUUUUUGGGAAAGGAUGAACCUGAAAGCUCCAAUUUACUUUUCCACGGGGCUGACAGAGAAAGCAAAUCAUUAUUACAAACUCUUCAUCACCUGGACCAACCAGAAAAUCAGGAAAACUUUUGUGCAGAGGAACAUGUUUGAGUUCAAACACAUCAAAGCUUUUGACAGAGCCUUUGCAGACAACCCAGGCCCCAUGGUGGUGUUUGCAACCCCUGGAAUGCUCCAUGCAGGACAGUCCCUCCAAAUCUUCAGGAAAUGGGCAGGGAAUGAGAAAAACAUGGUGAUCAUGCCUGGCUACUGUGUGCAGGGAACUGUGGGCCACAAGAUCCUCAGUGGACAGAGGAAGCUGGAGAUGGAAGGAAGACAAAUUCUGGAGGUGAAGAUGCAGGUGGAGUACAUGUCCUUCAGUGCCCACGCCGAUGCCAAGGGCAUCAUGCAGCUGAUCCGGCAGGCAGAGCCCAGGAACGUGCUGCUGGUGCACGGGGAGGCCAAGAAAAUGGAAUUCCUCAAGCAGAAAAUCGAGCAGGAGUUCAAUGUCAGCUGCUUCAUGCCAGCCAAUGGAGAGACCACCACCAUCCUCACCAACCCCUGCAUCCCUGUGGACAUCUCCCUGGGCCUCCUCAAGAGGGAAACUGCCAUAGGUCCUGCUCCAGAUGCCAAGAAGCCAAAGCUGAUGCACGGUUCCUUGCUCAUGAAGGACAACAGUUUCAGGCUGGUUUCCCCUGAGCAGGCUCUGAAGGAGCUGGGGCUGGCAGAGCACCAGCUGCGCUUCACCUGCCGCGUUCACAUCCAGGACCCGCGCAAGGAGCACGAGACGGGGCUCAGGGUCUACAACCACCUCAAGGGGAUCCUGAAGGAUUACUCAGUGCAGCACCUCCCUGACGGCUCCAUCACCGUGGAGUCCAUCCUGAUCCAGGCCACAGCACACUCCGAGGACCAGGGCACCAAAGUGCUGCUCGUCUCCUGGACAUACCAGGAUGAAGAGCUUGGCAGUUAUCUCACCUCCCUGCUGAAGAAGGGGCUGCCCCAGGGCACCCCCUGAGAGCAGAGCCCAGCCCAGAGUCAGGUUUUAUUUUGGUUUUAUUUUGGUUUUAUUUUGUUUACAUUGUCAAUGCUUUUUUUCUGCUCGGUUUUAAUAAAAAAUUUCCAGUAUUUGUCCAAUUCCUGCAGCAAAAAACUUUCCCCUUGGAAAAUCCUGUCCAGGAAGUCAAGAGCCUGUUUGGAAACAGAGCUGAGGACAAAUUUUGAGAUUUUGCACAUUAAAGUAAAAAUUAUUCAGUGUUCUCCCCUCCCACAGCUGAUUUCCCUUAAAAUCUUCUCACUGCUGCCUGAAAUAAUUAAAAUUCAGAGUAUAAAAGCAUCAGAGGAGCUACAGAAAGUAAAAAACCUUAAAUGUGCUGACAACCAAGCAGCAAAAUUGAUUUAAUUCCCACCCAAAAAUCCACCCCAAAAAAUACAAGAAU